AUGCAUCUAUUACUCACCUCGACGCUCGCGCUGCUCACUACCACCGCCGCACAAGUCACUUACCAGAACCUUACAGGGACGAUUCUCCGUACGGAUUCAGGCGCAUACGGCCCAGAGAUUGAAGAAUACCAUUAUUACUACGAGCAAUGGCCGAUUGGACUCGCCAUUUCGUCGACCGGUCGCUUCUUUGUAUCGUACACUAGAGGCGAUUAUAGCUUCACUGUUGGCGAAGCCGUGAACAAGACAGCCGAGAUUCCCUAUCCAAGUGCAGACCUCAACCUUCCCGUCAGCCAACUCAACACAUCUUGGAACGGAAUCCAAUUCGGCAGCGGAAACAGCACUGGCUUCAUCUCCGUACAAGCGCUCUACAUAACACCCGAUAAUCCCCGACGGCCAGAAACAUUAUGGCUCGUAGACACCGGCCGGCCAACCAUCAUGGGCGAAGGCGGUUCGCCAGUAAUGCCCUACGCACAACCCGGCGGCCCCAAGAUAAUCGGCAUAAACCUCUCCACCAACUCCAUCUACGCAACUUACACUUUUCCCUCCACCGUCCACUACCCAGACAGCUACAUGAACGACAUCCGCUUCGACCUGCGCCCGCACAUAACUCCCUCGGGCCAAGGAAUCGCGUACAUAGUAGACAGCAGCGACGAAGGGCGCCCCGGCUUCAUCCUACUCGACCUAGGCACAGGUGAAUCCUGGCGCCGACUAACACAGCAUGCCUCCGUGCUGCGUGGGAACCGCGACGUGCCGAGUUACCAAGGCCACCCGUUCUACCAGCGCAGCAUCGGAACACCGAUUCAAACGCUACGCGAGGGCUUGGAUGGAUUGCAGCUUUCGCCCGAUGGGGAGGUGUUGUAUUACAGUCCGCUUACGAGUAAUACGCUAUAUUCGAUUCCGACGGCUAAGCUCCGCGCGAGAGAUACUAGUCCGCUGGCUGAGAUGGCGGCGCAAAGCGCCGUGUCGGAUCUGGGGGGAAGGGGCGGGAAUGCAAAUGGGUUCGAGGGCGAUUCGAAUGGGUUGGUGUAUCAGUUGAUGCCGGAGCAUAAUGCGGUUUACUACUAUGAUCCGGUUACGCUGCUGAAUUAUGCUUUUGUAAGGGACCCGCGGAUUAUUUGGCCCGAUGGCGCGAGUAUUGGGGAGGAUGGGUGGCUGUAUUUGAAUAUCAAUCAGUUGCCGCACCAACCGAACUGGAACUAUGGAUAUGAUGGGAGGAAGCUUCCGGGUGCGGUGUUGAGGGUCCGGCUGCCUGGAGGUGGGAAGAAGAUCACCGGACUGGCAUGA